GACACGUGGUGAUCCAAACACUGUUCCGGGUUUAGGUGUGUGUCAGAGGUUUUUGGCGCGCUGAAUGUAAACUGGAAGGAUUCUUCUUCGUCGGUCGGUGGUAUGAAAAAGGAUGGAGAGCGGCAGACAUAUUUUCCAGAUCUCGGGAAUCAAAAACUGCGACAAGAAGAAAUUGUUGAUUAAGGGCAUCUACAAGCUGCAUGGCAAAUACAUUGGUGGCUCAGUCUACAAGCACACCAGCACCCACCUCAUAAUCCCACAGGUUUUGUCCAGUGAGAAGUUUUUGGCAGCUUGUGCUGCAGGAAAGUGGGUUGUGACUCCGAACUACGUGUUGGACAGCGUUAAGAAUGGCUCCUGGCUGGCAGAGGGACCAUAUGAAGUGGCCAUUUUCACAAGUUCCUCAGCUGCUUUCUACCCCGUCAGGCAGUGGAGAGAGAACGUGUCCAAAGGGAGAAUAACAGGAGCUUUCCAAGGCUGGAGAGUUCUCCUCAUGGUUCAAGAGCCCACCAGGAGAGCCAUGUUCAAACGGUUGCUAAAAGCUGGCAGAGCAGAAGUAUACAACUGUCCUCCUCCCACUUACACCUCCAUCACCCAUGUAAUGGCAAAACCUGUUACAGAGAACUCUAAUUCCCACAAUGCUCCUUGUUACCCAGUGAGCCACAUAGUCCAACAUCUUUUUGGGAGCAAUCAUAAGGAUAUGAAUUUCAACAUAGCAGGUGAUGAGCUGGUAAAGAAAAAAACGAGUUUUCAUGAUGAAAACUUUUCUGAUUUGGAGGCGGAGCUGAAGAGCUUUGUUGUCAAGAAGGAGGAGCGGCCAAGACUGCGCUUCCUCGAAUUUCUAGGUUACAAUGACCCUGAUCGUCCCCCCUCACAGGCAAUAGUCACAGACUUGAGCAACGUUAGCAGCAUGAUAGAGUGCGGCCUCUUCAGUGAAGCCUUGGACUCGAUCAGAAGCGAUGCGUUCCCCGGUCUGUUGCCACCAGCGACGCACCUGAUCUCCCUCUUAGAAUACGCGCAGCAGGGUAAUGCAACAGCCAUUUUCCUGAGAAGUUUCCAUGACGUUAUGGUAAACCUGCUGCUCAUCAACCCUCCAUGGUUCGCUCCCAGCUCAGUGAAGAAAUAUUACGUUCAACUGUUGCAGUGUCCUCGGUGUAAGAAUGGCUUGUGGCCUUUUCUAGAAACAGCCAUCAGGUACUGCCUGUCCAGCAGCGUCACCUGCCACCCUCUACCUGGACCCUCCUUACCAACACUAGUUCAGUUCCAUUCUGACAUCCUUGCCUUUUGCCUCAAGCUCUUUCAGGGAGAACUCUACUCUGUUUCCAGCAGAGACUUUGCGCUGCUGCAGCCAACAUGGGUCCCAUCUACUCCGACUUCUGGUUCGUUGCUAUAUGGAACCUUCUGGACUGUGUGGGAGCGCUCCACGUUGUUGUCUCGUGCUGUGAAGCAGCUCACUCAGCUCAUAGUACAGGCUGCCACUGCGGCUUUUGCUGAGCGGGAGGAGAAGCAGAAGAUGUAUUUGGCAGACACUCUGCUGCGCCUGCUGUCUGUGCUGGUGGAGUUCUGGUGUCAGCAACACUUCAGACUGAAUCAGUGCCUGGUGGAAAAAGGUCUCAAAGACCUGUCGGAGCAUUUUGCAGUCAUCAGCCAGGAUUUAUCUCCAGCUGUUUUGGCGGAGCUGGUUGCUUGUGUUCACUCGCCCAGGCUUAGGUUGGUCAUGGCAGAUGCCAUAUUCAGAAAUAUCUGCUGCAGAAAUGACUUCACCAUAGGUGAUGAACCACUUUCUCUCAAAAAAAUGGUGCGUUCUUACCUGCUGGCUCUGGGAACUUUAGCUCGGAGUCCCAGUGGUGCUCACAGCAAGACUAGAUCCACCUCACACAGCUGCACUAGUCCGGGGACCAGCAGAACUCAGAACUUGUUGGUGAAUGAAACAAGUCCAGAAAAAGAGAACACCCCCAGGGGCUUGUACAGAGUCAAUGCAGCAGGCGAAACACUCCUCCACAGAGCGUGCAAGAGGAACCAAGUGGAAACGGUGCUUCAGAUCCUGGCACUUCCUGGCACGGAUGUCAAUGUUAAAGACCAUGCAGGUUGGACGCCUCUCCAUGAAGCAUGCAAUCAUGGCAGCACUGAGUGUGUGAGAGCUUUGCUCCGUCACCGCCCCACCCCCAUCCUCAAUGGCCAGGUUGGUGGAGUGAGUCCUCUUCACGACACUCUGCUAAACGGACACACGGACAUAGCUAAAAUGCUACUGGAACACGCAGGCUCAGUUCUUCUGCAGCAGACUGAUGGAGAUGGACAGGCUCCACUGGAUCUGGUCUCUGCGCCGGGUCAGAGGGAGGAGCUCCUCCGCAGCGCACAGGUCGGAGACUCGACCCAGAGAAACAAAGAGACAGAGGUCCUGAACCUUCCUCUCCUGGAGGCUGGAUCCUGUCUUCUGGGCCACCUCGUUGUCUCCUACCAGCUGGAGCGGGGUCUGCCCGGUCUUGUUCAGCCAAACGACAAGCCCCACAGCCUGGUCUACAAGCUGGUCAGAGCCUUGGAGACACACUCCCUCCAAAAAGUGACCAUGGACUGGACGGAUCAGCGGGCAGUGAGGCUGGUGGAAGAUGUCGAGACACUGUUGGAGCUCAGCCAAGGGAAGCACCAGGAACAGGUGUCUGUGGUUGUGAAAGAGUGCAAAGGGGAGAACACUGCGUUCCUAAUGAAGAUACUGGAGAGUCUGAGGUCAAGCGGUGACGCACUAGUAGCAGAUCUUUGA